AGAAGGCAUCAUGGUUCAAUUAGUGCUGUCAUGCAGCAUCAAACCUCCUCUAAUAUCACCAUCACGUUCUCGGCUUAUGACCACGCUCAAGAAGCCUUAUGCUCUGUCUUUUUCCCCGUCGUCGAGAGGCAAUCGUGUGAAGGUGUUUGCAACGGCGUCUCGUAGAGUGAAGCUGAUUAAUACGGAGGGAGAGGGGCGGGAGAUCGAAGUAGUCGAAGAUAGUUGCAUACUUGAAUCGGCGGAGAACGCGGGAAUGGAACUGCCGUACUCUUGUAGGUCAGGGACUUGUGGGACUUGUUGCGGGAAGAUAGUGUCUGGAAAAGUGGAUCAGUCGCUAGGUUCUUUCAUUGACGAAGAGCAGAUUCAGAAGGGUUACGUCCUCACUUGCGUCGCACAACCAUUAGAGGACUGUGUCGUCUACACACACAAGUAG